UUGGCUCCAAGACAUCUCUCAAUACUUCCUUUGGGCCGAGCUGCCUGCAUGUAGUAUCACUCGAUUUUUGCUUGCGGGGCAGAAUGCUCCAGGUCUGUGAAAACGUGGCAAGGUCUAUGUUUUUUCCAAAACAGGACCGUUCUCAACGGAAGGAAGUCCUCGCAAUUGCAGAGGAAGAUUCAACUUUCAAGUAUUAUUGAGGGGCUACAACACGCUACUAGGCAGCACUAACUUAACCAGAACAAUAGAGGGAGAUUUCACAACCCGCCAACGUGGGAGAUGGAAGUUAGCUUGAACAGGAUAUAAAUCAGGAAAGGAAAGCUGCGAUAACACGUAUGCUCAGUGAGCUUGUUCUCGAGGAAAAUAUUCAACCCCAUACCUAUCGUAGUCCAUAGUUCAAUCCAAUCAACACACCGCCGAUUGUUUGCGCGAGAGCUCAAGACAAUAGUAUUAUAUACCUCAUGAGUACAAUUGCAUUAUAUAGUGCACCAUCUAUCGUAUGAUACAGCACAAAAUCACGAAUGACACCCACGACCCGUGGCUGCUUUUUCUAAAACAGCGUAUCUUCCUAUAAACAGUUAGCCAUCCGUCCAGAAAUCCCCAGCAGCAAUUGAGCAGAACAUACAUCCCUAAGAUACUCCCCAACAUCACUCUGUCUGAACGCUGUGAUACUAGUAGGAUCCAGCCUGCGAACCUCAUGCGUCGACCUCGCCGUAACUCCAAAUCCCUACAAUGGCCACCGCUCCGAUUAGUCCCCACCAUCCUCACUCGGACAAAGAGCACCAUACCAAAGGCGUAUCAUUCAUAGAAUAAACCACAACCCCCUGAUGCUCGGGUGUAUCCUCACUGAUCCUCCCAACAUGCGCCUUGAGCACAUUAUUCCCAUACAAAAACGGCAUCUCCCCAUUCGGCUUCACCCACACUUUGUACUUUGCGUGCGAGGCGAUGUGAUCCAGCGCCGUGACACGCAGCUUGAACUUGCCCGUCUUUGUAAACUUGCCCAAGCAAGUGCCGAGCGAGAGCAGGUUCGCCUUGGCGACGGAGGUUGCGAGGCGGGCAAUUGAUUCGCGGACGUAGUAGACUCGGUCUUUUUGGACACGGAAACAGUGAGGGUCAGUGGGACGGUCGAUUAGGUGAGUUAUGUUUCGGCCAAUGUAGUUUGCGAGCUUUUCGAAGAGGCGCUCGGUCUCGACGUCUGUUAAGGGGCGCAUUGUCGGACUAUCGCUUGGUUGGGAGUAUGGUGCUGGGUCAAUUAGCUUGCGGCUUUGUGAAAAAAUUAAAGUUGGUCAAUGGUGAGGCUCUUAGCUGGGGUGCUUGGGCAGGGUAACCCCGCACUGGCUACAAAACUCUGGAAAAGAAGAAAAUAAUUCGAACUUUCGUGUGAAAGUUUGGUGUCUGAUUUACCUUGCGCAUUAUUUACCAGUACUUGCCAGUAGCAACGACCACCGGAUCCAACAUGGGAGCUAGCAAACGGAAGCAGGGAAAGACUCAAUCGGUGACCACUCACAAGAAGCCGAAACUUAGCGAGCCCAAAAUCAAGAACAAAAAGAGCAAAAACCCCGUUCCUCCGCCACGAGUUGUCAAGAGUGAGUCGGAGGAGUCGGAGGAGGGGGAUGAGGAGGAUUCUGACAACUCUAAUGAAGAGAGCGAUGAGGAGGAAGAGUUUCGUGGAAUUGAGGAUGGAGAUGAGGACGAGGAAGUGAACAUCAGCGAUAGGGAGAAAUCGAAGGGUUCAGCGGGUGGAGCAAGCGGAUGUGAGUCCAAAUACGUCCGGCUACUCCAAAAGGAGAACUAACAAAUUACCAGCUUUAAAGUCGAAAGAAUCGCACGCAGAACAAAAGCGCCUCGCCGCCGAACGCAAACUCGCAAAGCCCCAUGGAGAAAUCAUCACCCGCAGCAAGCGCAUCUGGGAGCGAUUGCGCCGUACAAAGCUCGCGCCAGAGGAGCGUAAAAAGCUUAUCGCUGAAUUGGGCCAGUUGAUCAAGGGCCGCGUGAGCGACCUCGUUUUCAAACAUGAUGCAUCGAGGAUCGUGCAGUCUGCGUUGAAGUAUGGGGAUAAAACGACCAGGGCGAACAUCACCGCUGAACUGAAGGGCAAUUAUGUUGCUUUGGCGCAGAGUAAGUUUUCUUCCACUUCUGCUCCCUCUAUGGUUCAUUUCGUCCUUCAUCCUUUCCCAGGCCCCUUAACGGCGUCAAUUUUAGCGGUGCUGAUGCGUUGGCGUGAUUAAAGGCAGUUAUGGAAAGUAUCUUGUCGUCAAGAUAUUGCACUACGGCACCCCCGAAAACAGGAAAAUAGUGGUCCAAGAGUUCUAUGGACACGUCCGGAAACUCAUCAAGCACCGUGAAGCAGCAUUAGUGAUUGAAGAUGCAUUCCGAGAGUAUGCAACACCCGAGCAGAGAUCAGCGCUAUUGCAGGAAUUUUAUGGCGUGGAGUUUGCUAUUUUCAAGGUGCGACGUUCGCGCGAGUGUCAGUUGUUAUUGUUAAUUUGUUGAUCAUACAGGAUACGAGUGACAAACCCUCCUUGAAGGAGCUCUUGCAAAAGUCACCGGAAAAGCGGGCUGUUAUAAUGAAGAGUCUUUUCGACCAGAUCGACGGUGUCACUAAGAAGGGCGCUACUAUCUUCACUAUCCUGCAUAAGGCCAUGCUGGAAUACAUCUUGAACACCCGGCCAGGAACAACAGAAACAACAGAGUUCAUAGAGCUUGUCAAAGAGCAUGUUGCAGAUAUCGCCUUUACCAAAGACGGAUCCCAAGUGGUCGUUAGGUGCAUGGCCCUAGGAACUGCAAAAGUGAGUAAUAUAUAGCCCUGCCUAAAUAACAAAAGUGAAUACAUCACACACACACACACACACAUAAGAUCAUCCCUACAAUAUAAUGUAUAAUGUGUGCUAAUGAUAAUAACAACCAGGAUCGGAAGGUAAUGAUCAAAGCCCUAAAAUCAGAGGCAAUCUCACUGGCAAGGCACGAGUACGGCUAUCUCGUGCUCCUGUCAAUCUUCGAGACAGUUGAUGACACAGUCCUGGUAGCAAAAAGUCUACUCCCAGAGUUCCAGAAACAUCUACAAGAACUUGCAUGUGACAAGUAUGGCCGCACGCCACUUUUGUACCCAUUUUCAGAGCGUCACCCGAGAGUGGUGCCUCGGUCAGCAAUUGCAGCUUUAGAAGAGGUAGAAAAACUCCGCAAGUCCACUAGGUACGACCUCCCUAGGCCUCCUUUCUUUUCACCCUCUGCCCCACUACCAGUAUGGUAUGCCGAUGUUGAGGGAGCACAAUAAUAAGACCUCGUAACUGUGUCCCCCGGACGAAAGGAGAAACUUGGGGGAAGAAACAAAAUCAAAGCUGACAAUACGCCUCCCAAAAAUUCAGCAAGAAGGAUCCAGCGACCCGCCUGAGUGAACUUCGAGCUCACUUCUCCCAGCCGUUCCUGCAAUGUAUCGCCAAGAAUGCAGGAGACCUAAUCCGGGACUCUUUUGGAUGCCAAUUCAUCACGGAGGUUUUACUCGGUAGCACAGGUACGAUCUCCCAUCUAUCCACUCCAUCUACCCAAUGGGUAUGAAUCCCCGAGCCCACAAGGCCAGACAAGCUUUUUCCCGGGAAAAAUAAGUGACCAAUAACCGGCUAACUAGACCGAAAAAAAAUUAAAAUUCAGGCGAUAAAUCCCCCGCUCUACAUGCCCUCGCCAGCACCGCUGCCGGGGACCCAAAAACUGCAGACGGCAGCGACGGCCCACACGUCGUAAAUACAGCUGCCGUCGGGCGGAUGUACAAGACACUAGUCACGGGUGGACACUACUCAUCCAAGGAGAAUAAGGCGAUAGGUAGGCAAACUCAAUCCCCGGAGGGUGAGAAAGAAUGGGCAGAAGGAAGAAGAAAUCGGCUAAAUACAAGACCUCCAUAAACAGCAAUCACCCCCCCGCUAGGUUUCCACUCCCUCCUGUGGGAGCAGAUCCGCCCGCACGCCAAUGCUUGGGCAACAGGUACGGGGUCGUUUGUUGUAGUAGCUUUACUGGAAGCUGAGGGAUUCCCGGCGAGGCAGGAGCUAGUCAGCGUCCUCAACAGGAAGAAACUGCGCAAGGCGGCAGAGGACGUAGGUAAUAAAGGUUCUAGUGUCAUUAUGGGCAUAUUAGAGAAGGGGGGUGAAGUAAGUUGAUGUGCUGUACCAUAGCCAGCUUGGUCGCCGAUCGUAUUUACUAGUACAGAAUG